CAUCCUUCCCAGCACGCAGCCAGCUGAUCGAGCUCAUCGAUCCCUCCCCCUCCUCCUCCUCCUCCUCUGUUAAACAGCGUUGCACCGAGAGAGACAGAUACCAGAGGCGUCCAUGGGCUCCGGGACGAGCUCCUGCUGCGGCGGCGCCGAGAAGGUGGGGCACGGGUGCGUGAGCGCGUCAUCGGGCGCCGCGGCGGGGACGGGCAGCGGCGGCGGCAGCACGUGGAGGAUCUACAGCUACAAGGAGCUCCACGCCGCCACGGGCGGCUUCAGCGAGGAGAACAAGCUCGGCGAGGGCGGCUUCGGCAGCGUCUACUGGGGCAAGACCCCCGACGGCGUCCAGAUCGCCGUCAAGCGCCUCAAGCCCAACAACAACAACUCCAAGGCCGAGAUGGAGUUCGCCGUCGAGGUCGAGGUGCUCGCCCGCGUCCGCCACCGCAACCUGCUGGGGCUCCGCGGGUACUGCGCCGGCGCCGCCGCCGACCAGCGCAUGAUCGUGUAUGAUUACAUGCCCAACCUCAGCCUCCUGUCCCACCUCCACGGCCAGUUCGCCUCCGACGCCACCCUCGACUGGCGCCGCCGUGUGGGUGUGGCCGUUGGUGCCGCCGAGGCGCUUGUGCACCUCCACCACGAGGCUUCUCCCAGCAUCAUCCACCGGGACAUCAAGGCCAGCAACGUGCUGCUUGACUCCGACUUCGCGCCGCUCGUCGCUGAUUUUGGGUUCGCCAAGCUCGUCCCCGACGGCGUCUCGCACAUGACCACCAGGGUCAAGGGCACCCUCGGCUACCUCGCGCCGGAGUACGCCAUGUGGGGCAAGGUCUCCGGGGCGUGCGACGUGUACAGCUUCGGCAUCCUUCUCGUCGAACUGGUGUCGGGCAGGAAGCCUAUCGAGAGGCUGCCGUCGGGUGCCAAGCGCACCAUCACCGAGUGGGCGGAGCCCCUCAUCGCGCGCGGCCGGCUCGGGGACCUCGUGGACCCGCGCCUCCGUGGCGUCUACGACGCGGCGGAGCUGGCGCGCAUGCUCGAGGCCGCCGCGCUCUGCGUGCAGGGGGAGCCCGAGCGGCGUCCGGACAUGCGCGCCGUGGUGCGGAUCCUGCGCGGCGCGACUGCCGCUCCUGACGGCGCGGCCGCGGCGGCCUCCAAGGGGGGCAACGACGCCCAGGUCCGGCCUGCGGUGAGGAUGGAGAGCGUCAAGUACGCAGACCACCUUAUGGAGACGGAGAACAGCGUGUACUCCGGCGACGGGGACGAGGACGAGGAAGACGACGAGAAGGAGGCCGCCGACUACAGCAGCGACGAGGUGGAGGAGUACUCGCUGAUGGACGACCAGAGCAGCAUGAACUUCGGCGUGUUCGGCGCCAUGCCGGUGGUGCCGGUGCAGACCAUGCACGACCCCUACGUCAGGAGGUUUGGAGGAAAUGGCGUCAAGAUAUGAUAAUGUGCUAUUCUAUUGUGUGACAAUGCCGGCUAUGUUAUAUUAAUUUCGUUGAUGUAAACCUGUGCUUAAUUAGUUGGGAUCAAGCUGGUGAUUAAAUUUAUUGUA